GCGAUCUAAUGCUGGCGCUGCAGCCACUAAGCAGAGACGAACACUUCACGAAGGAUAACUGAGUGCCUGGCGAUUGCAUAUGUACAAAUCUAUAUGAGUCUUAGACAAAGCGCAUAACUGCACACGUGAUUUCGGUGGCACGUUCAAAGGACGUAAGAGCACGGUGUUCGGUGGUGCGCGUUUGUGAGGCGUUGCGGCAGUUAUUUUUAGCAUAAAAUGCUGACAAAAAUAUGUGCUAUGUGAGUGCGAAAAAUGCAAAAUUAAAAUUUACGACUAGCACGCGAAUUCAUAAGUCAAGUGGCGCAAUCAUCUUUUGCUUAGACUGAGAAGCCCUCCACUUGCGGUUGCGGUGGUGCCAGUGCAUCCUACUCGUGCUCCUCGUGAGCGUGUCAGAGUGCCAGCGGUAUCGAGGAGCGCCUCUGACACGGUGUUAUGUCCAAUAAGUAAAUUAAAUUCAAACAAAAACAAAUCUCAAACUGGCAUGUUUUAACUCUGCGAUGGUUUAGACUAGAUAUCAAAGGAAAAUGGGUGAUUCAGACAGCGAGGACAGCGAUGGCGAAGGUGGUCUUGGUAAUGUCUCACGCGUGAUCAUACGCCCACCCGGACAGAGCGGCAAGGCCAAACGCGGGCACCUUUGUUUUGAUGCCGCUUUCGAGACGGGGAAUCUCGGCAAAGCCGAACUGAUUGGCGAUUUCGAGUACGACUUGUUUUUACGGCCGGACACUUGCAAUCCACGCUUUCGUUUCUGGUUCAACUUCACUGUGGACAAUGUGAGACAAGAUCAGCGCGUUCUUUUCAAUAUCGUCAACAUAAGUAACACGCGCAAUUUGUUCAAUUCUUCGCUGGUGCCGCUGGUGAAGUCUUCCAGCCGGCCCAAAUGGCAACGCUUGCCAAAGAAGAAUGUUUUCUACUAUCGCUCGCUGUUGCACCAGAAUCAUUAUGUGCUGAGUUUUGCAUUCUCUUUCGACAAAGAGGAUGACGUGUAUCAAUUUGCGGUUGCACCGCCUUACAGUUACUCGCGGCUUCAAUCGUAUUUGAAUGUGAUCGACGCACGACAGACGGAGCAACGAUUCGUACGCAGCGUGCUGACGAAGAGCGUGCAAAAGCGAAAUCUUGACCUGCUCACGAUUGACCACGUCACCGCCAAAACAAAGGCGUCGCGCCUGGAUCGCGGAUUCAUACGCAUCAUAGUAAUUUUAUGUCGUGUACAUCCCGGAGAUGCGCCGGCCUCCUUUAUGUGCCAAGGAUUUAUUGAGUUUAUUACGAGCAAUCACCCGAUUGCCGUUGUGCUACGCGAUAAUUUCGUCUUUAAGAUAGUGCCGAUGGUAAAUCCGGACGGUGUCUUUUUGGGCAAUAACCGCUGCAAUUUGAUUGGACAGGAUUUGAAUCGCACAUGGCAUGUGGCCACUGAGUUUUCUCAUCCCACGCUGUAUGCCGUAAGGAAUAUGCUCAAGGAACUCGACAACUCUGACAUUUAUCAGAUUGACUUCGUGAUUGACUUGCAUGCGAAUCCCAGUCUGCAUGGCUGCUUUAUUUACGGCAACACAUAUGAGGACGUGUACCGACAUGAACGCCAUUUGGUGUUUCCACGUUUGUUCGCCGCCAACGCGCCCGACUACGUGGCCGAGAAUACAAUGUACAAUGCGGACGAGAAGAAAGUCGGUUGUGCGCGCCGUUAUUUCUGCGAGCGGCUCAGUGAUACAGUGAACGCUUACACCGUCGAGGUGUCCAUGAGUGGCCACUACUUAAAGGAUGGCAAAACUGUUGCGCUCUACAACGAAGAUGGCUAUUACCGUUGUGGACGCAAUUUGGCGCGCACCUUCCUUCACUACUACCGUUUCAUCAAUGUGUUGCCCACGCCCGUGGUAUCCGAGGCGCGUUUACGCCGCCGCAAUCGCCCGCGCACGCAUCACUCACGUUCACGCUCGCGUACACGAUACGAAGUGAAGCCACGACCGAAGACAACGCGCUGUUAUGCACCGAUUGCGUACACUAACCUCUCAAUUCAUUACGACUCUGGUGGGGGCUCGUCCGAUGAGGGCGGCUUCUCACCCACACGCCCCAUAGCGCCGGGUAGCAGUCUUUUCAGUGGCUACCGUAAUUACCGACGCAUGCACGGCAGUUCGGCGGUGACACACGAUCAAUACGCACUGCUGGCGCUCAAGUCGACGAAACACGAUCACCUGGGCGACUUUGGUGGCGCCGGCAGAGCGCAUGCGUAUCAGCCAGCGCGUGCGGCAACGGCUGAAAAGUCAGGCAAAUCGGUGACCUUCGAACAGCCGCUGAAUGUGCCACCGAAGCCGUAUUUAUCCAUCAUUGAUCUCAAUCAGCUGACGCGCGGUAGUUUGGAUCGCAAGUCGGGCAGCUUUGAUGUCGACCAUCGUUGACGAAAACCGCAGGGAGACGGCCCGUGUGCAAGUAGAUAGAAUAACAAAUUUUUCUCUCGAAAAUUAUAGUUAAAUUUCAAUAUACGAUUUUUUAAUUAAUCCAUUACGCUUCGUUACCUUUUCUAUGCAAGAAACUUGAACGCUAUUAAUAAUUAUUAUACACUUUUUGCGCAAAUAAAUUUUCUCUAUGAAAACAAAAAUCUCAUUAAGCAAAUAAAUAAACAAA